CAUGACAAAUCAUUCAUUGAUAAUGACAUGGGUGGAGUUUUUGUGUGGGUGUGUUACAUGUUUACUUUCUGUUUCAUUAGUUGUCAACAGUAUAUAUCCAUUAAAUCACCAUCGUGAUGUUGUACAGUGGUUAUUUUGUACUGGACUGAAUCAUGGAAGAAACCUUCCCUUUCCAUUUUACUUUGAAGGAUUACAUUUUUUCAUUAUUUGGAUUGCUAAGUUCCCUUCUGGAUAUAGGACUGGAUGUUUGGACUGUUGUAUCGUUUUAUCAGGAUGGGGCUCAUGUGUACAUGGGUGUCAUGAUCUUCCUGCUGCUGUUUUCUUCAGUGUUAGUGCAGGUGUUUAGCUGGCGCUGGUAUUCUGAUUCAUUGGACAAGCUUCAGACCCACGUGGAAAAAUAUGUAAACAAGCAUAAUUUACUCAAAGCAUUCCACGCCAUGCAGCUUGGAGUCUAUCUGAGGUAUGCAGGGCUUGUGGAAAUCUCAACACGCAGAUUUCGACAGCCUGAUUGCUUCCAGGAAGGCGUUGCUGUAAACCUUAACCAUGAUCUUUAUAUGCUCCGACUAAUAGAGGCGUUUUCUGAAAAUGCUCCACAGCUCACACUUAUGAUGUCGAUAAUCGCAAUGAGACAAGAACUACAGCUUUUUACAGCUUUAAAAACCCUCGCAGCAGUUGCCGCAAUCGCCUUGAGUGUUGUCACGUACCACCGGAGCAUGCGUGAAUUUCUUCCUGACAAACGCAAGAUGACCUGGACCCGGUCUGUUGUCUACUACCUCUGGAACUUGUUAGUUAUCGCUCCCCGUGUAACCGCUCUGGCACUCUUUACUUCUGUAUUUCCAUGCUACAUUAUUGCUCACUUCCUCUCUGUGUGGAUGGUGCUGGUUUUGGUGGUCUGGAGCCAGAAGACGGAUUUUAUGGAAGAUCCACGUUGGGAAUGGCUGUUCAGAGCUACUGUUGGUCUCAUCUGGUACUUCAGCUGGUUUAAUGUAGGAAGCAAAAACACCAAAUUAAAGAGCAUCAUCUAUUAUACUGUUUUGGGGUUGGACACAAUGGCACUGCUGGGGUUCUGGUGGUGGAAGAUGGAGCAUGCGUGCAUUCUUCUCCUUAGACCUUAUAUAAUGAUCAUCACACUAGCAAGUUUGUACGUUUUAGGAAUUAUCCUGAGAAUUAUAUACUACAAAGUGUUCCAUCCUAACUGUGAUAUAGAGAAAAUAGAUGAAUUGAAUGAGCCCGUAAUGACCACACGAGCAGCAGCAUGUAUUAAUUUGGUAGAGACGGACUCGGCUAAAGAGGUUUCACCUGAAACUCCAACUCCAACACAACCUGUCACUGGAGCUCAGAAGAGAAUGAGGACCAUGGCUGCUAAUUUCUAUUUGUAGUGUCCACUUUGUUAACUAGUGUCUAAUUAAUAACAAUGUGGUUAAUGUGGAAUUAUUUUAUAAAAAGAUUAUUUAUAAUUGCUGCUGUGGUUUUGUACUUCUUUUGUUUACAAAAAAUUAUGUUUAUAAUGUGUAAGAUUUUCAGAUGCAUUACUUUAUCAGAUACAUAAUAUUAUACAUAAAACAGAUAGUUGUGACAAUAAAAACAACAUUCCCAGAUUACCAAACAAGCAACCAUGCCGUCUCCCAAAUCAAAGUAGUGCCUGUUCUUCGGACCAUUGUUUAUUUUUUUAUAAUAAUAGUUUAAUAAUAAUAAUUAUUGUUGUUGUUAUUUGCAUAUUAAGUCCCUGGACUGCAUCUGGAUAUUUUAAUUUUUUUGUAUAUAAAUAAAAAAGGGU